UGCCGUGGCCGACGCCGACGGCCGACGUCACUGUUUGGCCACAAACACUAGAAAACGGUGAACAGUGAGCAGGAACGGCAGCAGCACUUAAUGGAGAGCUAGUGGUCGGUGGUUAAUCGAAUGAGAAAUCGUUCUCGCUGAGCUCGGCUUGCAGGAACCAGCAGCAGUCUGCGAAUGGUCUUCCGCCAGAAGGCCGACGAUUUGAUUAGUGAGAUUUGCGGAUACCUUAUCUUUCGGCAGCAGCACGAGAGAUUCAUCGGAUAUCGUCCUCUGGGGCGUACAAAGCGCCAACAUUAUGGAUCCUCCACACAAUCCGUUCAACUUUCACCUCGGACCCUCGGCUGCCCACUCCGUGCACGGCCAUCAUCCCGAGCAGACACCCAGCCCGCCGCAAAGUGUACCCGGCCGUAGGACUCCGCUAGGCACGGUCGGUCUCGGAGGAUUCUACGCCCAGCCGCACGCCUCUUCUUCGACGCACACUGACGAAAAUCGUCCUUCUGGCAGCGCAGAAAGUCCACCGCCCCAUCUGCACCAUCCGUCCGGAUCGUCCGGGGUCGGUGGCAAGCAGAAGAACCGUCAGGGUAAAACGGUACGACUGAACAUCAAUGCCCGCGAACGGCGACGAAUGCACGAUCUGAACGACGCCCUGGACGAGCUGCGCAGCGUGAUCCCUUACGCACAUUCCCCGUCGGUGCGUAAACUGUCGAAGAUCGCCACUUUGCUGCUGGCCAAGAACUACAUCCUGAUGCAGGCGAAUGCCUUGGACGAACUGAGAAGACUGCUAGCGUACAUCCAGAGCGCCGCCGGGGCCAGCAUCCCGACGGUGGAUCUGCGAACAAUGCCUUCGGCCCUUAAGCUGCAACAGCUGCUGCAAGCUCCCCAUCAGGACCUGACGGCAUCCGGUCCGACACCGUCGACAGUGGCAACUGCAGCCGGGCAACCUCCGCCACCUCCACCACCGCCGGCGCCUAGUCAAAGUUCUUAAAGCUGCCACCUCCCUUUGCACUUUCUAGUCGUAUGGCAACGUUUGCAACCGGCAAGACUGGCCCACGAAUUCGUAGGAUUACCUGCCAUUACUCGAACGCUCUAGUCAUUAUCGUUUUAAACCUCAGAUUUGUGUUCUUUGCCACCUCUGUCUG